AUGGGGAAGAAAACCACAAAGUCCCACCUUGAGCCAAAGAAAUCCAAAUCAGCCAAAGCUGGUCUGCAGUUCCCCGUGGGUCGCAUCUACAGGCUCCUUAAAAGAGGGAACUAUGCUGACAGGAUUGGUACCGGCACUGCCAUCUACCUGGCUGCAGUGCUGGAGUACCUGAGCGCUGAGAUCCUGGAGCUGGCAGGGAACGCUGCACGGGAAAACAAGAAAACCAGGAUCCUGCCCAGACACAUCCAGCUGGCUGUGAGAAACGACGAUGAGCUGAACAAGCUCUUAUACUGUGUGACCAUUGCUCAAGGAGGGGUGUUACCUAAUGUUCGUCCUGAACUUAUUCCCAAGAUGACUGCUCCGGUUAAACCACCCCACAAAUAUGCCCGGUCACGGGAGUUCUUAGUACCACCAGGCUCCUGA